AUGUCGGUACGAUUGUGUGAUGUGGUACGCUGGCACGUUGUGGUAAUCUGUGGAAUGCAGGUUAUGGAGGGUGUGGUGCGUGUCAAUGGCUUGGACGAGAAGUUGAGGUUGGAACCAGAUGUGGACUAUGGCGGCAUCUCGAAGAUCCACGUGGCCGGACCACGAAGUCUGGGCAGCCCCGAUAUUGUCCUCUAUAACAACGCUCUGGGCAACAACAUAGACCACUACGGACAUACGCACUGUAUAGUUUACAGCAAUGGCGAGGUCCUCUGGGUACCACCCUCACAGUUCUCUGUGUACUGUGACCUUGACCUCAGUAAAUGGCCUUACGACAGACACACGUGCCGGCUCUUCUUCGGCUCCUGGGUGCACGGCGGAGAGCAAAUAUACCUGAAGCGAAAAGGAAAUUCAUCGGAUUCUGACUCGGAGGUGAAAGGGGAGCCCGGCAAGUGGGCACUUCUCUCCCUCAUGGAGAUCGAACACACAAAGUACUACUCUUGCUGCAGUGAACCUUACUACAAUAUCGAGAUAUUUCUCACAAUUGAGCGGCGAAGUCCAGAAUACUCCGCUGUAGUCUUCACUCCAGCAUUUGGUAAUGUGUUCUCACCUAAGAAUAUGUCACAUUUUUUUUAA